UUAGCGCCGGGAGGCGCUGGCGGCGGUGGCGGAGUGGAGCGGAGCGCAGGGGAGGAGACGGGCGGCCGUCCGCGCGGAGGGAGUGAGUCACCUGACCGCCGCUUGCCGCCUGCAGUCGGGCCGCGCCGCGCCUCGGCUCCGGUCGAUGACAGUGAGAAGCAUGCUUUCCACUGCUCUCCCUGAUCCCGUUUGCCACCCAGGAUGUCUGUGAGUGAGAGUGCAGUGUUUGCCUACGAGUCCUCUGUGCACAGCACCAACGUCUUGCUCAGCCUCAAUGACCAGCGGAAGAAGGAUGUGCUGUGCGAUGUCACUGUCCUGGUGGAGGGCCAGCGGUUCCGAGCCCACCGCUCGGUGCUGGCUGCAUGCAGCAGCUACUUCCACUCGAGAAUCGUAGGCCAAACUGAUGCCGAGCUCACCAUCACACUGCCGGAAGAGGUAACAGUUAAAGGAUUUGAACCUUUAAUUCAGUUUGCCUACACUGCCAAACUCAUUUUAAGUAAAGACAAUGUUGACGAAGUCUGCAAGUGUGUGGAGUUUUUAAGCGUACACAAUAUCGAGGAAUCCUGCUUUCAGUUUCUCAAGUUUAAGUUUUUGGACUCCACCUCAGAGCAGCAGGGAUGUGCAAGAAAACAAUGCUUCUCCUCACACUGUCAGAAAGCAGAUUUUAAAUUUUCAUUUUCAGAACAGAAAGAUCUAGAAAUCGAUGAAGCAGAUGAAUUCUUUGAAAAGAAAAGUGCUCAGACUUCUCAUUGUGACUCCCAAAGAUGUCAGGGCACUGUAAAAGCAUCGCCCCAUCUCCAAGACAGUGUCGGUCAGAUGUGCCAGUCCAUGUGUGUGGACAAGGACGGAGCCCUGGCACUGCCGUCUUUAUGCCCCAAAUAUAGAAAGUUCCAGAAAGCAUUUGGAACCGACAAGAUCCGAACUCUUGAAUCCGGCGUCAGAGAUGCCCAUGCUGCCUCUGUCCAUCCAAAUGAGACAUCUGAACUUGAGUGUUUAGGGGGAGCGCAGGGCUGUGCAGAUUUACAAGUGAUCUUAAAAUGUGAAGGAAUGAAGCCAGCCAUGGAGAGGGAAGACACAAAGUGCAAAGACCCCGCCCCUCAGUGUCCUGCAGAGCAGGCCGAAGUGACUGCUUUGUCCCAGGAUUCUGCUGGACCUCACGGGCUCUAUUCCCUGUCGGUCCUACACACAUACGAGCAGUCAGGCAACGUGGGCUUUCCUGGGCUGCAGAGCAAAACAGUGAAAACAGAAAAGCCUCUGUUGGGUCCAGAUGCCCAGGACGAGAAGCCAUUGGAAAAUCAGGAAUUAUACCUGAAGUCUAACACGGGACCCAAAGAAGACAGCAGCAGCCUUGCGUCCGAGGAUCGGAGUAGUGUGGAGCGAGAGGUGGCAGAGCACCUGGCCAAAGGCUUCUGGAGUGACAUUUGCAGCACGGACUCGCCUUGCCAAGUGCAGUUGUCAUCCGCUGUGGCCAAAGAUGGCUCAGAACAGGGCUACUCUCAAAGGCGAUCUGAGUGUCCCUGGUUGGGUAUCAGGAUCAGUGAGAGCCCGGAGCCAGGCCAGCGGACUUUCACAACUCUCAGUUCCGUCAACUGCCCUUUUAUUAGUACUCUGAGUUCUGAAGGCUGCUCAAGCAACUUGGAAAUUGGAAACUAUGAUUACGUCGCAGAGCCUCAGCAGGAGCCUUGCCCGUAUGCUUGUGUGAUCAGCUUGGGAGAUGACUCGGAGACCGACACGGAAGGCGACAGCGAGUCCUGUUCUGCCAGGGAGCAGGACUGUGAGGUGAAACUGCCAUUCAAUGCUCAGCGAAUAAUUUCGCUCUCACGAAAUGAUUUCCAGUCCUUGUUGAAAAUGCACAAACUGACCCCAGAGCAGCUGGACUGUAUCCAUGACAUCCGCAGGAGGAGCAAGAACAGGAUCGCUGCACAGCGCUGUCGCAAGAGGAAGCUCGACUGCAUCCAGAACCUUGAGUCGGAAAUCGAGAAGCUGCAAAGUGAAAAGGAGAGCUUGCUGAAGGAGCGAGAUCACAUUUUGUCGACGCUGGGGGAGACAAAGCAGAACCUUACUGGACUUUGUCAACAAGUGUGCAAGGAAGCCGCACUGAGUCCAGAGCAGAUUCAGAUCCUCGCCAAGUACUCAGCUUCAGACUGUCCGCUUUCUUUUUUAAUUUCUGAGAAAGGAAAAAGUACUCCUGAUGGCGAGCUUCCUUUUACUUCAGUUUUCAGUGUGUCUGACAUGCCUCCAACUGCACCACCUCCCUGUGGGCGAGGGAGCACCGCGGCCCGCCAGGAGCUUGUGCAGGAGUCUCAGCCAACCACCACAGCCGCCCCGGAGCAGGCCACGCUGUUGGAACCCUGUCGGCAGAGUGCUGGGAUCUCAGACUUCUGUCAGCAGAUGUCUGACAAGUGUACUACUGAUGAGUAAGCCGCAGGAGCGUCCUUCAGCUCACGGAUUCCCCUCUGAUGUUCUGGCAUUGUUUGAGAGCCUAGUGUGGCCGUGUCUUAGCAGCCCUGCUUCCUUCUGGUAGCUUUCUGUUGAGGGAAUUUCUCUUUAAGGUGACCCUGAGUUCUCCUUGGUUUUCAUAGGAGACAUGACAUGCUUUAUCUCUUGAAUGAUGGGAAAUUGUGUGUGACCAGGUAAUAAUUUCCUAGUGUUCAAAGUAACUACAGCAAUAGAAGCCACAGUGUCCAUCUCAACAGCUCAAAGCAUCUGCACGCAGU